UUUGGACUCGGGUCACUUUGGAAGGACUUUAAUUGAAUGGCCCUGUGGUCGACGCUGGAUUUCUAUAUGGAUAAAACAUCAAAUACUUCUUUUUAUCCGCACCUGAACAGUUCAGAUAACUUAAUUUGACGGAAGAGAUCUAUAUUGGAACAGUUUUACUUUUUUUGCAUGAAAGCCAGGAAGACUUCAUCGUUUUUUCUUCCAAGAGACAUGCAAGUGAAGACUAUUCAUGGAUCAAUGGUGAUUUUUCAACAUGUGAGCUAUGCAGCCUGUGAGUAGAGCUGUUUGUGGAUAGGUGGUGAAGGAGCGUUUGGAGGCGCUGACUGCGGGGCAUAAGUAGCUCUCCAGGGUGCUGAAAUUGUCUCCAAACGCGACAGACGCAGCGCCAACCCCUCUGCCUGUCACUCGCAGUCCAUGUCUACACAACAAUGGCUUGGUUGUGUCUUCAUCUGAGCAACAUCAUAGAUGCUCCGAGUGACUCAAACUAAAAACGCAACGUUUGGGAUGGUUAGGUGAGGAUUUAUUUUGGGGGAAAGCACGACCAAACUAUUGGAGCGGACACUUUGUAGGACUGUCCUCGGCCCUUGAAGCUGUCCAGAAGGGCAUGACAAAAAUGGUGUCACUGGACUGAUCGAUGAUGCUAUAGUGAAUACAACGAUUCACUAUUUCAGAUUCUCUGGAAGGACAAUGCAGAAUAUUCCCCCAAAUUUUAGAGGGGGCCUAUGGGAGUCCAACCAUUCGUGUAUGCCCAUAAUUAAAAGCAGACAUACUUUUAUGACAUUACCGUUUUACAACUUUCUGCUAUGGGUCCUCCUCGGAGUCUUGGCCUUCCCGUGUUGUGUCCGGUGUUUGAUAUUCAAAGUGGGGGUGCUUGGGCCCUGGAACUGCGACACAAUUUACUACAGGGCCCUGCCUGCUGCAGCGGCCCGGCUGGCUGUGGGCAGGAUAAACGGAGAUCUCGACUUAGAUCUGGGUUUGAAAAUGGACUUUAUCAUCCUCCAAGAGCCAUGCGAAACAUCCAAGGCUCUCACUGCGUUUGUAUACUAUGAGAAGAUGGCGGAUGCCUUUUUGGGUCCCACAAACCCGGGUUACUGUAACGCGGCAUCACUUUUGGCCAAGAACUGGGGAAAGGCCAUCCUCUCCUACGGCUGCAUCAACCACGAGCUGGACCGCAUCACCGGAUACCCGACUUUUGCGAGGACUUUACCCUCACCCGUGCAGGUGUUGUUCACCGUGCUUAAACAUUUCAGGUGGGCCGGCAUUGCCGUGGUCUCAUCCAAUGAGGAUAUAUGGCUGGAUGCCGCCGCUAAAGUGGCCAGUGCCCUGAGGAAUAAGGGGCUCCCCGUUGGCCUGGUUACAUCUGUUGGUAUAAACGAGACUCAGGUGGAGAACACGAUGAGGAGGAUCCAGGCUGAAGGACAGUUAAAAGUCAUCAUCAUGUGCAUGCACUCAGUGCUAAUUGGAGGGGAGCAGCAGGCCACUUUUCUUCUCAAGGCACAUGAAAUGGGCCUGACCAGGGGGCAGUACGUGUUUGUGCCCUAUGAUACCCUCCUCUACAGCCUGCCCUACACCAACGUCUCCUACUUCCCCCUACAAAACAGCAGCAGUCUCAGGCAGGCCUACGAUGCUGUGCUGACCAUAACCAUGGCCUCAGAGCUGAUGUCUUUCAACGAGGCUUUCGACCUGGCAAAGACGCAGGAGGAACUGCAGCUAGCCAUGGAGCCAGAGAAGGUUAACCCUCUAUUUGGGACCAUUUACAACAGCAUGUACCUGAUUGCCAAUUCCAUUAACAACGCCAGAAAAUCUGGUAUGAUGCUAUCAGGCUCAAACAUAGCCUACUUUACGAGGAACAUAACCUUCAACGGCUUCAACCAGAAGAUCAGUGUGGACACUCAGGGGGUCAGCAGAACCAACUAUGUCAUCCUGGACUAUGACACCAGGGGGGGGCAGCUGUACCAGACCUAUGUGGUGGAUCUUCGCUCCAAAAUGCUUCGCUUUGCUGGGAGGUCCAUUCAUUUUCCAGGAGGAACCCCUCCGGCAUCUGACCCCAGCUGCUGGUUUGAACAAAACGCUGCCUGUACUGGAGGAGUGGAGAUCACCUAUGUCAUAGUGAUAUUCGCUGUCGCCUUCAUUCUGGCAAUAGGAGGGCUCGCUCUAAGUCUUUAUAUCAGGAGGAGAAUCCAACAUAUCCAGCUGGUUAAAGGCCCCAAUCGGAUCCUCCUGACAUUAGAGGAUCUGACUUUUAUCAAUCCCCAGCUCAGCAACAGGAAACUGACUCUGGAUGAUCUGAGCGAGUCUAAGAGUGGAGUGGAGGACAGGAGUGUUAAAUCUGUGGACCGCUCACACUCUGUGCACAGCAUCGUGACAGCAACGCAGGAGACCACCAAUGUAGCUGUGUAUGAGGGUGACUGGGUGUGGCUGAAGAAGUUUGAGGAGGGCCAUUUCAAGGAGGUCAAGCAGAGCACCGCGAAAAUUUUCACCAAGAUGAAAGACCUGAGAAAUGAGAACGUCAACCCGUUCCUGGGUUUCUUCUUGGACUGCUCCAUGUUUGCCGUGGUGACGGAGCAUUGCUCUCGGGGGAGUCUGCAGGACCUGCUAAGGAAUGAGGAUGUUAAAUUAGACUGGAUGUUCAAGUCCUCACUUGUGCUUGACCUCAUUAAGGGUAUGAGAUACCUACACCACAGAGAAUUUCCCCAUGGCAGACUGAAGUCUCGUAACUGUGUGGUCGACGGACGUUUUGUGCUGAAGAUUACAGACUACGGCUUCAAUGAGCUGCUGGAGUCGCAGAAUGCUCCCCGAGAAGAACCGCCUCCUGAGGAGCUAUAUUGGACGGCUCCAGAGCACCUGCGGGACCUGCUGGGCCCCCGCAAAGGGACCUACAAGGGAGACGUGUACAGCUUUUCCAUUAUUCUACAAGAGGUCGUUGUCAGAGGACCGCCGUACUGCAUGUUGGGUUUACCAGCUGACGAGAUCAUCCGCAAGGUGAGGAAGCCUCCUCCUAUGUGCCGUCCCACCGUGGCUCCAGACCAGGCCCCUCUCGAGUGCAUCCAGCUGAUGAAGCAGUGCUGGAGCGAACAGCCUGACCGCAGACCAGCGUUUGAUGAAAUCUUCGACCGCUUCAAGUUAAUCAACAAGGGUAAGAAGACGAACAUCAUCGACUCCAUGCUGAGGAUGCUGGAGCAGUACAGCUCCAACCUGGAGGACCUGAUCAGAGAGAGGACAGAAGAGCUGGAGGUGGAGAAACACAGAACAGAGAAACUGCUGUCCGAGAUGCUCCCGCCUUCUGUGGCGGAGGCUCUUAAGACCGGCGCCACAGUGGAGCCGGAGUACUUUGACCAGGUGACCAUCUACUUCAGUGACAUUGUAGGCUUCACGACCAUCUCCUCGCUCAGCGAUCCCAUCGAGGUGGUCGACCUUCUCAACGACCUCUACACUCUGUUUGACGCCGUGCUCUCCAAUCACGACGUCUACAAGGUGGAGACCAUCGGCGAUGCUUACAUGGUAGCAUCAGGUCUUCCCAAGAGAAAUGGCAACAAGCAUGCUGCUGAGAUUGCCAACAUGUCUUUGAACAUCCUCAGCUCAGUGGGAUCCUUCCAGAUGCGACAUAUGCCCGACGUGCCCGUCAGGAUACGCAUAGGAAUCCACUCAGGGUCCUGUGUUGCUGGGGUGGUAGGUCUCACCAUGCCACGGUACUGCCUUUUUGGAGACACCGUCAACACUGCCUCUCGCAUGGAAUCCACUGGGCUGCCUUAUAGAAUCCACGUGAACAUGAGCACUGUGAAGAUCCUCCAUUCUCUCAAUGAGGGCUACAAAAUAGAUGUCAGAGGAAAGACAGAGCUGAAGGGUAAAGGCAUUGAAGAGACAUAUUGGUUGGUUGGGAAAACAGGUUUCACAAAGCCUUUGCCAAAACCUCCUGAGAUCAAACCAGGGGACCCAUGGCAGGAUAUGAUAACAGAGGAAAUAAAGAGCAUUUUCCGCAAGGCCCACAGGCAGGUGGACAAACACAAGGCCUGAGAGGAGAAGAGCUAUAGACGUUAAAUAGACAAAACUGGAGGACAAGAGGGAGAAUCAUGAGGACUCAUCCACACAAAGAGACAGAGAGAAGGAAGUGGGACGAGUGGAAGAGGCAGGCAGAGGACAGAGAGCGCAGCCCGGCCUCCUCACACUGGCUUAAUGCAGACUCCUUUAAUAGGAUUGCCCAUUGUCUGGCUAAUCUGCUGCCAGCCAGCACAGCAGAACAAGACAGUGCUAAUGUAAUGAGAGUUGUCAUAUUAUUACUUGCCUACACACCUACCGACGGUACCACAGAGACGGCGCGCUGCUCCUUAAUGAAGAACGGACUCAUGGACUCCUCUCCGCACUCACUGGCCACUGAGUGGUCACCUAUUUUAGGGCAAUCACAGGCUCACCCAUUGGAAGAUCAAAUGAUCCACAAGCCUGUCAUAGUUUUUAACUUCAAAGUUGAAUGUUAUUAUUUUUUCUGGCAUAAAUGUGUUUUUUUUUAGUCUGUUAUAAAAGCACACAAGGAUUCCCCUCUGGACAAAAUAUGGCUGUGUGGAGAAGGUCUGUUAACUGGGUACGGCUGAAUAUUAUACUGUUAUUAUUCUGUAAGUUUAGCCUUCCAAACUGGGUAAAGGCUACUAAUAUAUUUAACUAUCAAAAAAAAAAAAAAAAAAGAAAUACAGCAUAUUACUUUUACCAUAAAAAUUGUGAGAGAGCAUUUGUGGGGGAAGAGGGGGCAGUCAGUGUCAGAAUUAUAAGAAGGGGUCAUUCAAAACAUGAUGCGUCACUUCCCACGCCGCUGUAAAUGUUUGUUUGAGCAAUGAUGUAACUCCUUCACAUUUUCCAGAUGUUUACACUGAUGGAAAGGGGGGCAGCUCUUGAUCUGAGAAGGUAAACACUGAGGAUUAAUCAGUGUUUUACACAUUUUUCUCGGGAUUUUUAAUGUGCUUCAGUGAAACAUGUCACUUCUCAAAGUAUUCCAAGUACAAAUGGAUUCACUCCGUUGCUGUGUCUAGGGAGCCUGGCGAUAGAUGUAACAUUUUUUGGUUUCCACAUCAGUAACACAGUAGUUGCUUGUGCUAGAUCUGUCCAACUUUGAUACCCCUGCUUGUCUUAGUACUACUUUAUAUGUCUAAUGUACAAUCACAUUAACCUAACACGUAACCUAUUCACAAAAGUUGUAAAACCAACCCUGCUACUGGAAAGAGUGGGAUGGAUGUAAAAAACAGAACAUUUGUUGAAAUGAUGCUCCUAUUUUAAAAUUUAUACUUCACUGAAGAAUCUUUGAAUAGCUCAGUUUUUCAAAAAAAAAAAAAAAAAUGAAAUGAAAGGUUUUAUUUUCCUGUUUCUCAUUUCUAAACUUACAGUGUUUAGAAAUGAGAAACAUGAGCAUAUUUGAAUAUUUGGGUUGACUAUGUUGAGUGUAAAAACUCUCCAACCCUAGCAGGAAUUGCACAGCAAUUUCUACAAUAUCUACAAUACAAAUUCUGUUGAUGAAAAUCUUUUAAGCAGAGAUUAUAUUUUCUAAUCUCAAAAACAGUUCUAUGUUCCUACAAAAUCCUCAGGUUACAUGAAGUGAGGAUAUAGCCUGAAAUAUUGAUUACACGAUCACAGCUGAUUCCUACCUGGUCGAGCUGGCGGCGUUACAGCUGACCUGGGUCUCCCCUACAUCAGGGGUCUAAAUUUAUUAAAAGCUUGAAGCCCACACUGUACCAAGACAAAGUUAAUGAUUAAGCUACAGUUCAGUACAUUACCAGUGUAGUUACAGUUUCACUGGAGCAUGAUGUGCCUCAAGCGUCUCAAGAGCGCCAUCUCUUGUUGAAAUGAUGUUACUUCAGUAGCACUAGAUGGAUUCUGUUAGUGAAAGACUGCUUUAGGGUGAUGGACUACUUAAAAAACAGAGACGGUUUUUCUAUUUCAAAAAGAAAGGAAAAGCAAAUUAUGGCAUUUUUAAAGACAUUACAGGUAACUUAAGUCCUUUUAUGAAGUAAUUUCUCAACAUUUAAGAAUACUGAAUUAUGACCAUCAGGUAAUGAUUAUUUUUCAAAGCAUUUAAAAAAAAUCUCCUCAUAUCUCUUGUUAUAUUAGUAGCAGUUAAACUCAUACUUGGUGUACAAAAUAAUUAACAGCAAAGUCAGUCGGAGUGUACAUAAUGUUAUACAUUUUCCAAGUUCAUAUUGUCUUGUAUGUUAUUACUGAGGUGCAAUGUAAUACAAAUUGUAAAUAAGGUAUUGUGAAAUAAAUAAAUACUUUAUUUGUAA